AUGCCAACCACACAGAAAACGUUGAUGUUCCUGUCUGGCUUUCUUACAAGCCUGGGCUCUGUUGUUGUCAUCUGCUCCAUUCUUGGGACACAGGCAUGGAUCAGCAGUUUGAUUUUCUUCAGAAACACUUUCUCCAACGGUACCAUUGUUAUUACCUAUGGACUUUUCCGUGGUACAAGUACUCAAGAUUUGGAUGAAGGCCUUCAAGAGCUGGACAAAAACUUUGAAGUUUUAGGGAUAUUGAGUAAUUCUUCCCAGAAGUCUCUGCAUCUGGUGGCCAUCCUAUUCCUGAUCCUGAGUCUGGCAGCUUCCGUGCUAAGUUCGGUGUUUACCUUCUACAACAGCAUCAGCAACCCUUACCAGACGUUCCUGGGACCCAUGGGCGUCUACACCUGGAAUGGACUCAGUGCGUCCUUUGUGUUUCUGACCAUGGUUCUGUUUGUGGGGAAUGCCGAGUCCAACCGUCUCUCAGAAAAUCUGUCCCAGAAGCUUUAUCCAGACAUCAUUACCGAGAGAACAACCAACACUUACAAAUACUCGUUUUGGCUCAUCCUGCUUGUCAUCCUUCUGAAUAUUGUCACCGUGGUCAUCAUCGUUUUCUAUCAGAAGGCCCGAUACCAGCAGAAGAAGCAGCAGAGGAAGCCAGUGGAGUAUGCUCCGAGGGACGGCAUUUUAUUCUGA